AUGCCAUGGCUCAGUCAAGAAUCUUACCCCCUGCCGCAGAAGGAUCUGAUCUCGCUCGUCUUCGACGAGUGUGCUUAUGAUCCUGAUAAGCCGAUCUAUCACGACCUCGAAAACCCCAGCCGCACGAUAUCAUGGCGGCAAGGACGGUCCUUUACGAGGAAACUCGCCGCUGGGUUUCGCAAGGCUGGGCUGAAGAGGGGCGACUGUUUCAGCAUCGCGUCGUUCAACGAUAUCAUGUAUUCGAUGCUCUUCCUCGGUGGAGUGGCCGCGGGCGGUAUUUUCAGCGGCACCAACCCGGCCUACCAGGUCUAUGAGAUCCGGCACCACAUCCGCACCGCGCAGGUCAAGAUGUUCAUCGUGGAGCCGGAGGUGCUGGGACCCAUCCUGGAGGCGGCAGACCUCGAAGGCGUCGCACGGGACAUGAUCUUCAUCUUCAACACCCGGCCCGAGCAGCGCGUCCCCGCCGGGUUCCGGAGCUGGGAGUGGCUCCUCCAGCAAGGCGAGGAGGACUGGGUGCGCAUCACGGACCUGGAGGAGUUGCAGAGCACCCAGGUGGCGCGGCUCAACACGUCGGGCACGACCGGCCUGCCCAAGACGGCCAUGCAGUCACAUUACAACGCGACCUCGUGGCACACGAUGCUGCACGACAUCGCGCCCGUGCCGUGGGAGGUGCGCAACCUGUACACGCUGCCGGGGUUCCACGUCGCCACGGUGCCGCUGGUGCACGCCUGCCCCUUCAAGACGGGCGACCAGUGCUGGAUCAUGCGACGGUUCGAGCUCGAGGGGUUUCUCGCCGCGCUGGAGCGCCACCGCAUCACCAACAUCGGCAUCGUGCCGCCCCUGGUCAUCGCCAUCAUCAUGUCCCCGCUGCGUCACCGGUACUCGCUCAAGUCGCUCCGGAAGAUCAAGUGCGGCGCCGCGCCCCUCGACGCCGCCUCCCAGAAGAAGUUCCAGGACCUGUGCGCCCCUGACGCCAGCUUCACCCAGGUCUUUGGCAUGACCGAGACCACCGGAACCAUCAGCCAGUUCUUCCACCCGGAGAGGGACGAGACGGGCAGCGUGGGGAGUCGGUUUCUGCCGAAUACCGACGUCAAACUCAUCGACGACCAGGGCAACGACAUCACCGCCUACGACGUGCAGGGCGAGCUGUGCGUGCGCGGGCCCACGGUGAUCCGGGGCUACUUCAACAACCCCAAGGCCAACGCCGACGCGUACGACGCCGAGGGCUACUUCAAGACCGGCGACGUGCUGUACUGCGACGGCAAGACGAAGAAGUGGUACAUUGUAGACAGGAGAAAGGAACUGAUCAAAGUACGCGGCUUCCAAGUGUCCCCCUCGGAGCUCGAAGCCGUGCUCCUCUCCCAUCCCGACAUCGUCGACUGCGCGGUGCUCGGCUUCCGUCCCGCGGGCCGCCCGCCGCACGCCGACGAGCUGAUCCGGGCGUACGUGGUGCGGCGGCCGCGCGAGCAGCAAUCGUCGUCACCGCCCCUGACCGAGGACACGGUCAAGGCGUUCAUCCGCAAGAACCUCGCCAGCUACAAGGCGCUGACCGGCGGCGUGGUCUUCGUCGACGUCAUCCCGAAGAGUCCCAGCGGGAAGAUUCUCAAGAGGGUCUUGAAGGAGCAGGCCGAGAAGGAGAGGGAGGAGGAGGUGGCCGUGGUGUCGAUGAAGUCGAAGCUGUGA